CUCACACCGUCCAUAAAAUGGAAGGCUGCGAAGUGGGGCCCGAGGGGCGCCUCCUCCGCGGGUACAGCCGGUUCGCCUACGACGGCGCCUAUUACAUCGCCCUGAGCGAGGACCUGCGCUCCUGGACCCCCGCGGAUGAGGCUGAUGAGGCGGCUCAGACCACCACCCGGAGCAAGUAUGAGGGGGAGAGAGACCUGCGGUACUGCAGGGACUACCUCAGGGGCACGUGCGUGGAGUUGCUGAGCAGAUUCCUGGAAAUCGGGAGGGAGACGCUGCAGCGCUCAGAUCCCCCAAAGACACAUGUGACCCACCGCCCCACCUCUGAGGAUGAGGUCACCCUGAGGUGCUGGGCCCUGGGCUUCUACCCAGCGGACAUCACCCUGACUUGGCAGCAAGAUGGGGAGGACCUAACCCAGGAGACAGAGCUGGUGGAGACCAGGCCUGGGGGAGACGGAACCUUCCAGAAGUGGGCGGCUGUGGUGGUGCCUUCUGGAGAGGAGCAGAGAUACACAUGCCAUGUGCAACAUGAGGGACUGCUGGAGCCCCAAGUCCUCACUUGGGUGUCCCCUCCUCAGUCCUCCAUCCCCACCGUGGGCAUCAUUGCUGGCCUGGUUCUCUUUGGAGCUGUGCUCACUGGCGCUGUGGUGGCUACAGCUGUGAUGUGGAAAAAGAAAUACUCAGCACUUUAUGCCUUAGGGGAUCUCCAACAAUUCUGAUCAUGGGAUCCUGAUUCCCAGCAAAUGUCAGAGGGGAAGGUCCCUGUUGAGGACAGUCUC